AGAUUUUCAAUAGUAUAUAGUGUGACGUCAUAGGUGAGAGGGCGAGAAGGCGGCCAUUCCCGCCUCAGUCUUGACACCAGCAACGCCCAGACUCGUCCUCCUGCACUUUUAAUACCGCUAUUACUCUCUAAAACCAGUAGUGAUGACGAAAGCAGUAGGCAUCGAUCUUGGCACCACCUUCUCAUGUGUAGGUGUUUUCCAGCAUGGGAAGGUAGAGAUCAUUGCAAAUGACCAGGGUAACAGAACUACACCAUCUUAUGUAGCUUUCACAGAUGCAGAGAGACUUAUUGGUGAUGCUGCAAAAAACCAGGUGGCAAUGAAUCCAAACAAUACAGUUUUUGAUGCCAAAAGGUUGAUAGGAAGAAAAUUCAAUGAUUCUACUGUUCAGGCUGACAUGAAGCACUGGCCUUUCAUGGUAAUUAAUGAUGGUGGGAAACCCAAAAUUCAGAUUGAAUACAAAGGAGAGAUGAAAUCCUUCUAUCCAGAGGAAAUUUCAUCCAUGGUUCUUAUAAAGAUGAAAGAGACUGCAGAAGCUUACCUUGGGGCCACUGUAAAGGAUGCAGUUAUAACUGUUCCUGCAUACUUCAACGAUUCACAGCGGCAAGCAACCAAAGAUGCCGGAACCAUCUCCGGUAUGAAUGUGCUUCGUAUUAUCAAUGAGCCUACCGCUGCUGCUAUUGCGUAUGGUCUUGACAAAAAAGUGGGUGGAGAACGUAAUGUUUUAAUCUUUGACCUUGGUGGAGGUACAUUUGAUGUUUCAAUCUUGACAAUAGAAGAUGGCAUUUUUGAAGUAAAAUCUACUGCAGGAGAUACCCAUCUUGGAGGAGAAGACUUUGACAACCGUAUGGUUACUCACUUCAUUCAAGAGUUCAAAAGAAAGUACAAGAAGGAUUUGAGCGACAAUAAGCGUGCAGUCAGACGACUUCGUACUGCCUGUGAGCGUGCAAAACGUACCUUGUCGUCUUCUACUCAAGCCAGUGUUGAGAUUGACUCCCUAUAUGAAGGUGUUGAUUUCUACACUGCUAUUACUAGAGCUCGAUUUGAAGAAAUGUGUGCUGACCUUUUCAGGGGAACCCUUGAUCCUGUAGAGAAGGCCCUUCGUGAUGCUAAAAUGGAUAAAAGUCAGAUUAAUGACAUUGUGAUGGUUGGUGGCUCUACUAGAAUUCCCAAGAUACAGAAACUACUCCAGGAUUUCUUUAAUGGCAAAGAGUUAAACAAGUCUAUUAAUCCAGAUGAAGCUGUUGCCUAUGGUGCUGCUGUACAGGCAGCAAUUUUGAGUGGAGACAAAUCUGAAGCUGUGCAAGACUUGCUGCUUCUUGAUGUUGCUCCACUCUCUCUUGGUAUUGAAACUGCAGGUGGUGUAAUGACUGCACUAAUCAAACGCAACACAACCAUCCCCACAAAGCAAACUCAGACGUUUACAACGUAUUCUGAUAACCAGCCAGGUGUGCUUAUUCAGGUGUAUGAGGGUGAACGUGCUAUGACCAAAGACAACAACCUUUUAGGAAAGUUUGAGCUAACUGGUAUUCCACCAGCACCACGUGGUGUUCCCCAGAUUGAAGUCACUUUUGACAUUGAUGCCAACGGGAUUUUAAAUGUAUCUGCUGUGGACAAAUCAACUGGCAAAGAAAAUAAGAUUACUAUUACAAAUGACAAAGGUCGCCUAAGCAAGGAGGAAAUUGAAAAAAUGGUUCAGGAUGCAGAAAAAUAUAAGGCU